GUCAGUUCUCUCUCAGCACUGGCCCGAGCUCCAGCGCCCCUAGCAACCACCGACGACAGAAAGCGGAAGGGCGCCCUGGUCCCGCCCUCCCUGCGUCUACCGAGGUCGGGCGAGGAAGCGCGUUGGCCCAAUCACCGCGGCGACAACCGCGACUAGCCAAUAGGAAGGAGGCACGGGAGGGCGGGCUGAAGAGGUCGCGAGCGCACGCGCAGACGCGAGCAGGGGGCCUUGGUGCUGUGGCGGUGUGGUUGAGUUGGGUGCUGCUGUAGUCGUGUGGCCCUUAGGAACCCCGCGUAGCCACCGCCGUUACCUCCUGUCCUCAACAUGUUCCUCACUCGGUCCGAGUACGACAGGGGUGUGAAUACUUUUUCUCCAGAAGGAAGAUUAUUUCAAGUGGAGUAUGCCAUUGAGGCUAUCAAGCUUGGUUCUACAGCCAUUGGCAUCCAGACAUCAGAAGGUGUAUGCCUAGCAGUGGAAAAGAGAAUUACCUCCCCACUCAUGGAGCCCAGCAGCAUUGAAAAGAUUGUAGAGAUCGAUGCUCAUAUAGGUUGCGCCAUGAGCGGGCUAAUUGCUGAUGCUAAGACUUUAAUUGAUAAAGCCAGAGUAGAGACACAGAACCACUGGUUCACCUAUAAUGAAACAAUGACGGUGGAGAGUGUGACCCAGGCUGUGUCCAAUCUGGCUCUGCAGUUUGGAGAAGAAGAUGCAGAUCCAGGUGCCAUGUCUCGUCCCUUUGGAGUAGCACUAUUGUUUGGAGGAGUUGAUGAGAAAGGACCCCAGCUGUUUCACAUGGACCCAUCUGGGACCUUUGUACAGUGUGAUGCUCGAGCAAUUGGCUCUGCUUCAGAGGGUGCCCAGAGCUCCUUGCAAGAAGUUUACCACAAGUCUAUGACACUGAAAGAAGCCAUCAAGUCUUCCCUCAUCAUCCUCAAACAAGUAAUGGAGGAGAAGCUGAAUGCAACUAACAUAGAGCUCGCCACAGUGCAACCUGGUCAGAAUUUCCACAUGUUCACAAAGGAAGAACUAGAAGAGGUGAUCAAGGACAUUUAAGAAAGAGCUGUUCUCAGAACUUCUCUGGGACAAUUUCAGUUCUAAUUGCCCUUAAAUUUUAUUUCCAGCUCUUAUUUCUUGGAACAUUUCCAAUAUAUGUGUUUUUUUAUGAUGUCUGUACAUAACAACAAUUCUGAAAUAAAGAAAAUUUAAAAUAUU